CAGAGACCGAAAGAUAUGUGGGUGAAGGGUAGUGUUAAAAAUGGAGGUGAGGAUGUGUGUGUUUUAGAUGCUGUUUAUAGUACAAGAGCCACUUUUCAUUAGCAGUAAACAGAGAUAGAAAGAGAGUCAGCAAGGGGAGGAAAUGAACAAUGGAGGGGAAAUGAUCAGUUAUCUGCAGUGGUAGCUGUCAGCCUCCACUGGAACAGCCUGUCUGGACCUCAUUAUAGGUCAGUUCAUUUGGCUUAGGGGCCAAGGCUGAAUGUACACGAGUGUUUGAGGAAGUGUGUGUGUGCAGUAUGUGCAGUAAAGCACAGAUAAAUGGUAAACGCUGCAAGAUGCAAAGAAAUAGUUUGCAUAUGUUUUGGUGCUGUGAUCCUCUGAGCUCCUUUUGGAAACCUGUUGGUUUGUUGUCAUAUAUUCAAAUCCUCGACAUUGUUUAUUAGGAACUAGACAAGCCAGUUGGAAUAUGCAUGAUAGAUUUAUAUAUAUAUAUAAAUUUAGCAUUUGGCAGCCAAAUGAUUUGCAAUUCACUGGAGAUUUACUAUUUUGCCAACUCUUUCACACUGGUGGAUUGAGCUCUCAAAUUAUUUCACACUUGAAAUAGUCUACUAUGGUAUCAAAGGCAAAGUCCAAGAUUUCCAUAUGAAUUUGGCGAAUUAGGAUUUUUAGAAAGUAUUUGAAAACUAUCUGUAAACUAUUUCAAAAAAUAAUUAUCAGUACCUUACUGUAAUAUACACAAUUCUAAACCUGAUUGUUGGUGUAUGUGGGGGCGAAGGGUGGGGGGAAGGAAAGAGGCACUGAAAAGAGGGAAGAAGUUGAAAUAAGAGUGCAAAAAUAGUUAACAGAGGGUAAACCAGGCAGUGGAAGAGAAAGAGACAGAGAGAGAGAGAGAGAGAGUGUGUGUGUGUGUGUGUGUGUGUGUGUGUGUGAGAGAGAGAUCUGCGCAGGGAGACGGAGCUUCGCGUCUGGAAAACAGCAUCUUUCCCUCCACUCUGCUCCUCCCCUCUUCCCUCUCGGCAUCUCUCCCACGCUCCAAAGCUCAGCCUUCAGCUCCCCGGAUCCUCCCAAAUUCUCCCGAGCUGAGCUGAGGUGGGCGUGUGGAGCCUCUGACCCUCUCUCGCCCACUCUCUUUCUCUGUCUCUCCCUCUUUGCUGCAGCUACAGGGGGCUAUGGAUGGACUGCGUUUACCUCCACUCAUCGAGGAGGCUUUGGACUCUACAGGCAUCCCUUUCUAAUAUCGCUGUCAUCUUUUCAUCAGAUGACCCGUGCGAUCUGAAAGCAGAGUGCAGCCCCACCAUGGACAACGAGAUAACAGCGAAGGAGAGAGGCGUUCUGGAGGAGAACAACGAGAAAGAGGAGAUGGACCAGGAGAGAGCUCAGGAGGAGGAGGGGGAAGAGAAGAAGCUGAAGGAGGAGGAAGGUGAAGGGGAGGAGAAGAGGAAGCCGGAUCAGGAGCCGCUGACAGAGGAGCAGGAGCUGGAGGAGCUGAGGGCCCAGGUGCUGCAGCUGCUGCUGGAGCUGGACGAUGCCAGAGAGACCUCCAACAAACACCAGGAGAGCUUCCAUGAGCUGCAAGGUCUGCUGGAGGAUGAGCGCCUGGCCAGUGCCCAUCAGGCUGAAGCCUUCACACGCCAGAUCCAGAAUCUCCAAGCCCAGCUGCGUUCUGUGCAGGAGGAGAUGGACAGCCUGGAGGAGGAGAAGGAAAGCGAGCUGGCCGAGGCCCAGGAGGAGCUGCGCGUUGCUCAGGAGGAGGUGAUCCUGCUCCAACAGGCGGCAGAGGAGGCGGCAGCAGAGAGGGAGAACGACAUCGCCUCGCUGCAGGAGGAGCUGUGUCGCCGGCGGGCCGAGCUGCAGCGCCUCAGCGAGGAGACCCAGGAGUACGAGCUGGAGAUCACCACGCUGAGAGCCGAGAUCAGCAUGAAGAGUCAGCGCAGAGAGGCCGAGAGGAAAGAGGGUGACGUGGACCUGCUGAAGGAGGAGUGCCGUGUGCUGAAGGAGGAGUGUCAGACCCUGAAAGAGGACAACAGACGUCUUUCUGAGAGGCUGCAGCUGCUGCAGAGACAGAGGACAUGCUCCAGUGUCUACCUGUCACUGAAAGAGGAGGAUGCAGAGGAGGGCACAGAGGGGAAGGAUAUGGGGAUUGGCUCGGAUGAGGUCAUGACAGAGAGUUACAUGACCAUGGCCCAGUCUGAGAACUGUCGCCUUGUGGACGCGUCCAUCCAGAAGAAUAUUUCGUUUGAUGGAAAGCCCAUGACACCAACCGGCUGGAACGGAGGCAUCGGGGAGAUCUUCUCCCUGAGGGACCAGCUCAAACAGGCAGAGGAGAAAGCCUCACAGGUUCAGAGAGAGUGUAACGGUCUCAAGAUUGAGCUGCAGGAGCUGCAGGUACUGUAUGACUGCAGCCAGAGGGAGAGAGCAGAGCUGGAGGAGGAGCUGCAGCGCUGCAAGGCAGAGCUGGAGAAGCUGUCAGGGGGGGCUCAGAGAUUCAUCCAUGCGUCUGAGCACCCUGUUCUCUCCAUCCCCUUCAUAGGAAUAAUUGUAAUAUUGGCUGUGGUCUGGUGCUGGUUGUCGGAGCUGGCGUCCCAGAGGGCAAGGGGAGUGAGGUAGGUUGGAACUCCAUUUUGACUAUCACUGCAGCCACAGCAGUGCUACUAAUGAUGACUAGCUUGUUGAGAGCCCUCGUCCGAUGUUGACUGGAUGGGCAACAACUGCACAGGGACAGACGUCUGCUUCAGACCAGCCCUCGUUCUCUCCUGCCAUGUCUAUAGACUGAACUGGAUUUCUCUUAAUGCGAUAGAGCCGACAGCGGUGUAGUACAUGUAUGGGAAAUGUUGUCGCUAAUGAAAAGGUACCACAUGCACUGAUAACGAUGCGCUCAGUCGCAUUUAAGACUGAAGAUGAUGAUGAGUUGACCUGCAGAGCGCCCAACAUGAGGACCGAUCUCACUCCACUAAAUGUAUGCUAGUGCUGUGACACUCUUCCUCUGUGUCUGUGAAUAUUAUUUUUCUCUCCUUUAGCUAACAAUGUGAUAAAAAUGAAGGUUUUGAUUAUUAAUGUGCACCAACUGGUUUUCAAAUUAUGUAACCAUUAUUUAUUUAUUUGUUUAAAUAUUUCAUUUCAUAGUUACAUAGUUCAUAGUGGUCUCUGAUAAUAAUGACAAACACGGAGUCUGGAGAUUUAAUGCACUGAAAUCCCUGAUAUGUAGGCCUGUAUCUUUAUAUUAACAAAAUGAGCAGUUUGUAAAUUAGUUGACUAUUAACUUCUUGUUGCUUUCCCCCAAAUUCUGAAUGCAAUAUAUUCCACGUACUACAAAACUGGAUUAAAUGUCACAAAAUCUCCAUGAAUUAACAUCAGCAUAACAUUACAAACUAUCCUGCCAGUGAUAGUUUACAGGGGCAGGGUUAGAAGGAGGUGGCACUGGCUCCCCCUGAAAUAUGAUUGAUCUCCCUGGUGCCCCCCCCCAAUCCAUUGAGCUAGCGUGCUGUCAAUCUGACAAUUGUGAUUUCCAUUGAAUCAGAGUACUGUCACUUGGCCGCCUAUUCUGCUAAUCUUCCCAGCCCUUGUCACAUGACCAAUUAAUGAUGAUUAUCCAAAAUUCUGAUACCAUGGAAUAACCACUAGAAUUGUUUUGUUUGUUUUUUAAAAGUGGCAGACUGAGCCUAUAAAAAAAGUCUAUUGUAUUCAGAUAUAUAGAUUGUUUAAAAUGAAAACAAGUGAAACUAAUAAUACAUGUGAUGUUUUAUUUAGCAGAAUUACAUUGUGUUGUUCUAUCCUAUCCAAUAUUUCCUGUAUUUCUAAGCAUAUUUUCUAUGCUGUAUUCUGAUAAAAUAUCCCCCCUACCCCCCUUCCCCCUGGGCCCCCCUGACUGAUUAUUGGUCCCCCUGUGCCACCCCACUCCUAGAAUCGCCCCUGGAUGUUUAACCCCUCGUGGGUGGAGUCGGCUCCUCUUACAGUGUUGUUCAGUUAUGUGCUUUGCUCCAGGCUCUGUCACUUCUGCCUGCCUCAAGUGUCUCGUGUCUGACUCUGAAAUCAAACAACUCCCGCCUUCCUCUUUAAUUCUCAGUUUAACCAAGAUGCCAGAAAGUCUGUGCAGUAUUUCUGAUUUAUCUAACCUGCCCGCAGCUCACUUUGUGAUCAAUUCUAAAAUCUUACACCCACAGCUGCAUCGUUAAACUUACAAAUAUGGUUUGCUGUAGUUUUGUUAUGUGCUGGUAAAGAUAUCUCAGCAAAUUUGGGAGUAAAUUGUAGGAUAAUUAAGCUAUAUUAUUAUGUUUUCUAACAUUUCGCUAUGUAGAAAUAACAUUUUGUUCCUCUCCAGCAGGAUUUAAAUGGCUAGUGUAUUGUUAUUUUGAUUUUCUGGUGAUUACAGGUUGUUCUAGGUACUCAGUGGGUGAAUGUCGACUGCCAGCGUUCCCUUGUUUACUGACGACACGCUUUAUGUAACAAACUGCAGAUCUGAUAAACAUGCGUCUGAAGUGAAAGAACUAACACGGUUGGAUAGUUGUGAGGGCAUUUUAGAAAUUGGUAUAGCUCCAAAAUAUAUCAAUAGGAAGGUGUCAGAAAAAAGUUUGUUUAAGCAUUAAUUACAAAAAAAUAUAUGUAUAUGUGGAAGGACUCUGAUUAUUGUUUACAUUUGUGAAACGUUUUUUUGGUGAAAAUAGUUUAGAACUGAAAAAAAGCAUGCUAGAAAACAAAUAGAAGCACAAUAUAUUAUUUAUGUUAAUUCUUUGUAUUUCAUGUAAAUAGUUAUGACAUAUAUGGGAGAGAUAUUUCUUAAAUCCAUUUGUACUGGCUUUGUAGAAAGUUUAUUCUAUUUUGAAAGAGCAUCGUAUAUUUGAUAGCCAAAUUGUGUAAAUGUUUAUUUAUGGUGAUGUUAUUCAGAACUGCUAACACUGCUAAUCAUUUCCAGUGUAGUCAUUGCAUGCAUUUAGAUAGCAUUUGACCUUAGUUGCUAGAAAGAGCAAUACGGCUCAUUAAUUUCAGAAAUGUAUUCAAAUCUUUUCUGAAACAUUUGUCAUUAAACAGAACCUUGAUAAGCAAAGCCUGACCAAUGUUAUUUCUGCCUAUGAAAACACAAUUAGAAAAUUAUGAUGAUGAUGAUGAUGAUGUUUUAACUGUCCAUUUAAGUAUUGCAAUAGAAAUUAAAUUCCCAUUGACUGCAAUGGUACAUAUGAAUUGUCUGAUUCCGAAUAUAAGUUUGUAUUAUUUCAUGAAUAUGAGCUUUAUCAUAGUUUUACAAGCUUCUAUAUAGCACCGUGUUUCUCAGAUUAUUUUAUUUUUUACACUUUGUUAUAUUUAUUUGACAUCAUUGUUGUUUUCAAUAUAGUUGUGGCUAUUUUGUACGGUAAAUGACUUACAAAUAAAAAUACCCACCCCA